CCUCCUCCUCCUCCGUGUCCUCUCUGUAGUCUCAUUCCGUGUCUCUCUCCAUCAGCAGCGGGCUGGAUGCUUGCAGGGACAGAAACAUGGCUGUGAAUCUCGGCAAGAACAGACUGGCCCUGCUGACCGCCUACCAGGACGUCAUUGACGAGACCUCAGACACCGACUGGGCCUUGUACACAUAUGAGGACGACAGCAAUGAUUUGACACUGGCAGCAUCAGGAGGAGGUGGUCUGCCAGAGAUCACACUGACCUUUGACAGCGGCCGGGUGAUGUAUGGCUUCUGCAGCCUGAAGGAGCCCACCGCUGCUCUGCCACGAUACAUCCUCAUCAACUGGGUCGGGGAAGACGUGCCGGAUGCCAGGAAGUGUGCCUGCGCCAGCCACGUUGCCACCAUCGCAGACUUCUUCCAGGGUGUGGAGGUCACCGUCAACGCCAGCAGUCUGGACGACAUCGACGCGUCAGCUAUCGGGCAGCGGCUUACCAACGGGACGGCGGUGGUGGCGAGUCCGGUCCUGAGCCGCCUGAAAACCCGGGACGAGGAGCACAAAGACGUGGGCACAGUGUACGAGAAGACCAAUGCAGAGGUGGAGAUGAAGAAGAUCAAUAGAGAGGAAUUCUGGGAGCAAGCCAAGCGCGAGGAGGAGUUGAGGAAGGAGGAGGAGAAGAAGAAGGCGGCGGAGGAUCGGCAGCGCUUCGAGGAGGAGAGGAUGGAGCUGGAGAGGCAAGAGCAGGAGAACCGAGAGAAGAGAUACCGCGAGAGGGAGAGGCAGAUCGAGGAGCACAGGAAGAAGCUGCAGGAGGAGGAAGAGGCCAGAGAGAGGUUGCAGAGUCAGACCGCCAUAGCAGCAGAGGUGAGCAUCGAGGAUCUCAACCUGGACAAGAAGGAGAGUGAGGUAGAGGAGGCGAAGGCCAUCAUCGCUCAGCGGUCAGGAAACCCUCGAGAGUUCUUCAAGCAGAAGGAGAGAGCCAUGACCAUCAGCGUCGACACCUCGCCCGUCUCCGUCCACAGGAGCGGUCGCUUGGACAGCCCGUUCUUGAGGCAGCAGCACAGUCCCAGCAGCCCCAGUUCGACUCCCCUGCCCCGGGGCGUGUCGCCCCUCCGCACCGCGCCACACGCACGGACGCAGCCCACCGCUGCAGCCGGGGACGACGAAGAGAGCACAGAGCGCAACAUGGCCGCCGUGUCACCCAUUCCUAAAAUAGUCACCACGCCCAUCAAAGAGGACCUUAACAGGGAGGAAGACGAAUGCAGAGACGAGUGGGAUUCGGCGCCAAAGCAGGAGCAGAAUCCGCCGGUUCAGGAGUCGACACCCACCAAGCCCGUGCAGAGCGUCGCCCCGCAGGCCCGAGACUCCGCAGGCUUCUCUGUGUGGGAGUCCGGGACAGACAGCCUGGUCAACCUGUGGGACAGCAGCUCCGGUGCUCCCAACGACCCCACCAACCCCUCCCAGACCUCCCAGUCCUCCGAUCUGGUGGACCUGAUGGGUGACAGCGUCCCGCCCAGCUCCGCCGGCGCCGCCAGCCGGCCUCAGCCCCUCCUCAGCUUCGAUGACAUGAUGGACGGGACGCUGUGCUCGGGCGCCGGCACCGAGGACGACCCCUCCAGUCUGGUGGAUGUGACGGGCCCUGACCAGAUGACCCUCAGCUACCAGCAUGCACUGCAGCACGCGUCCAGCGAGGGGCAGGAGCUGGAGGACGGACAGCUGCUGAUGACCAACGGCGAGACGCUGCUGAAAGAGGGAACGCAGGCGAGUGAGGGCUACUUCAGCCAAUCACAGGAGGAGGAAUUCGGCCAAUCAGAGGAGUGCUCGGCUAAACCUGCGCCGGUCUUUUAUAACAAGCCACCAGAGAUUGACAUUACGUGCUGGGACACGGACCCCGUGGUCGACGACGACGACGACUAACCGGCCAAUCAGACACCACCACCGGACCAAGAGGAAGUAGGAAGUGCGCUUCAUGAAGAAACAGAUUUUUUUUCUAAAAAACAAAAACACAAACAAACAAAAAAAAAAAGUGAUGAUAAUAAUAAUAAUAAUGAUAAUAAUAACAACAACAACAACAACAACAACAAGUCUUGCAUCAAAACUACUUCUGUAUUAUCUUUUAGAGGAAAACAAAACAGUAGCCACCGAAAAAAAUAAAAAAGACGGUUUGAGUUGUCAUUAAAGAACGUUUGGAAGGCUCAGUUCAGAUUUUUUUUCUGUGUGUUUGUUAUUUUAUUUAUUUGUUUUUCUCUCUUUUCUUUUUUUUUUUUUUUUUUUUUUUUUUUUUUUGCUAUGCAGAUGUAAUAGCUGGGAGCGGGGUACUUUUGUUUGUGGAUAUCAUUUAUUACACGUUAACGUAGCGCACUGCUGCAUAUUAGAGACAAUGAAGCUGAGUGUGUGGCAGGCAGCCGACACACAUAGUCUGUAGUGCUUUAAUAACACCCUAUAAAACUAAUACAGCUGCCAUGUAUAUCUUCACUCUGUCUCUUUUCUUACCUCUUUUUCACCUCUUUCCCUCCUUCUGCCUUCCUCCCAAAACAUCCAAAAAUAUUCACCUCUGCAAGUCAGUUAAUCUUGUAUUUAGUCCUCACUUUAAAAAAGGGAAGAAAGAAAAAAAAAAAAAAAAAAAGGUGAAAUACUGUAUUUAUUCUGGUGUAUCUGAACUUCUUUCAUUAGCGGUUGAUCCUUGAAGAAGUGAAAUCUAUUCUCAAGAUGAAAAGUCAAAUUGUUGCUCCUUUUUUCAGCCCUUUUCACUCCUUUUGUAUGAUUUUAAGACUGAACUCAAGAUUAAAUGGCUUGUAAAUCUG